GUAUAUCAACAGUUGCUAUGCUUUCAUCAGCGUUCAAUCAACCACCGACGUCGAAGGAGCCUGUCUUCCUCUUGAGAGAAAGAGAGAGACAGAGGGAGGAAGAGAGUGAGAGAGAGGGUGAGAACCAAUUCGAUGACAUAAAGAGCCCUCUUCUUCUUUUCUCUCCAGGCCCAACACAGACAUCAGAGAUGCUGAACGCGAGAGCACUUUUGAUCCUGUCAGGAUUCGUCUCUAACUGGGGCAGCAUCACGGUGCGAGGAAUGCCCCAGAUGCUGCCUCCCCACAUGCUCGCUGCUCGGUACCCUCAGCCUGUGCCCCCACAUUUGAUUGGAAACCCAAGAUCCCCUGGAAAAGAUCCAAUAUGGACUAGCGGGAUAUAUGACAGUAAACCAGUUUUCUUAAAGUUACCUCAGCCUGAUCCCUGGUUACAAAUGAUUGGGCCACCAGUGCCACCUUUCCCAAUGUUUCCAUCAUACAUGCCGAGGUAUCCACCAGGCAUCUUCCCCUUUCCAUUCCCAAUCAUCCCUACACCAUCGAAACCUAAUGUCCCAAUUACCAGACCUCAGCAAACUACUUCCGUUCCCCCAAGGGGUCAGCAGCAAACAACUACUGUAAAAUCCGGAAAUACUACGCCACAAGGAACUUAUACUACUCUUACAAGUGUUCAGCCUCAAUCAUCCACUUCAAUACCCACAAUCCAACAGCUUCAGACAACUAAGGGAAUGUCAACAUAUACUCAACAGCAAACAACUACUGUAAUACCUCCACCAGCUCAGACACAAAAAACUCCUGUGCCAGCAGGAACUAUAGGGACUCAACCAACUGAUGGUACACCAACAAAUGUUCAGCAGCAAACAACUAUUGCAACACCUCCACCAGCUCAGGCGCAAACAACUCCUGUGCCAGGAGGAACUAUUGGUCCUCAAGCAACUGAUGGAAUGCCAACAAAUGUUCAACAGCAAACUACUAUUGCAACACCGCCACCAGCUCAGGCGCAAACAACUCCUGUGCCAGGAGGAACUAUUGGUCCUCAAGCAACAGAUGGUAUGCCAACAAAUGUUCAACAGCAAACAACAGUUAUAAUACCUCUAGAGCCUCAGUGGGUAACAACAACUGAGGCCGAGGAAGACGUAAAACCUCAAGAAAUUGAGGAAAUCCCAACAAAUGUUCAACCACAAACAACUAUUGUAAUACCUCCAGCAGAUCAGGCACAAACAACUGUGCCGGCAGGACCUAUUGGUCCUCAAUCAACAGAUGGAACGCCAACAAAUGUUCAACAGCAAACAACUAUUAUAAUAUCGUCAACUGCUAUUGCAACACCGCCACCAACUCAGGUACAAACAACUCCUGUGCCAGCAGGGCCUAUUGGUUCUCAAGCAACUGAUGGAAUGACAACAAAUCAAGUAAUUGAUGGAAUGCCAACAAAUGUUCAACAGCAAACUACUAUUGUAAUACCUCCAGCAGGUCAGGAACAAACAACAGUACCUGCAGGAGCUAUUGAUCCUCAAGCAACUGAUGAAAUGCCAACAGAUGUUCAACAGCAAACAACUAUUGUAAUACCUCCAUCAGGUCAAGAACAAACAACUGUGCCUGCAGGACCUAUUGGUCCUCAAGCGACUGAUGAAAUGCCAACAGAUGUUCAACAACAAACAACUAUUGUAAUACCUCCAGUGGGUCAGGAACAAACAACUGUGCCUGCAGGACCUAUUGGUCCUCAAGCAACUGAUGAAAUGCCAACAGAUAUUCAACAGCAAACAACUAUUGUAAUACCUCCAGCGGGCCAGGAACAAACAUCUGUGCCUACAGGAGCUAUUGGUCCUCAAGCAACUGAUGAAAUGCCAACAGAUGUUCAACAGCAAACAACUAUUGUAAUACCUCCAGCGGGUCAGGAACAAACAACUGUGCCUGCAGGAGCUAUUGGUCCUCAAGCGACUGAUGAAAUGCCAACAGAUGUUCAACAGCAAACUACUAUUGUAAUACCUCCAGCGGGUCAGGAACAAACAACUGUGCCUGCAGGAGCUAUUGGUCCUCAAGCGACUGAUGAAAUGCCAACAGAUGUUCAACAACAAACAACUAUUGUAAUACCUCCAGCGGGUCAGGAACAAACAACUGUGCCUGCGGGACCUACUGGCCCCGAAGCGACCGAUGGAAUGCCAACAGAUGUUCAACAACAAACAACUAUUGUAAUGGCUCCAGCAGGCCAGGAACAAACAGGCUAGCCUGUUGGACCUC